AAGAAAUCCACUAGAACUCAGUACUUUCAAGAUGUGCAGAAUAACCAUGCGCUUAUAGAAGAAUGAAAGUUGCAAGUCGAGGAGGUGGGCGGAACCCAGUCUAUACCCACUUUUACUCCCGGAAAACCAAGCGUGUGCCGCUGUCCAAUCCUCGCGCUUCCUAGCAAAUAGUCCGACCUCCAUUGUGACGAGUACGCUGGCUGUCGAUUGGCUAAGGACCCCGUCCUUCUCCCAUGCCUCUUUGCUGGUAGAGCCGGGCCGGUAGGGUCGCGGAUGGAAAGGCGAGUUCUACUAGGUGAGGGAUCUAGUUUGGAGUGGAAACUUACAAAAAUCUAGCGUAAAGAAGCCCAACUGAAUUUGAAAAAUGGCAGGCUUCCUAGACAAUUUCCGUUGGCCUGAAUGUGAAUGUAUUGAUUGGAGUGAAAGAAGAAAUACAGUUGCUUCUGUGGUAGCUGGGGUCUUGUUUUUUACAGGUUGGUGGAUAAUGAUAGAUGCUGCAGUAGCUUAUUCUAAGCCAGAAGAAAUGAACCACGCAUUCCACACUUGUGGAGUAUUUUCCACUCUAGCUUUUUUCAUGAUAAAUGCUGUAUCAAAUGCUCAAGUGAGAGGAGAUAGUUAUGGUGAUGGAUGUUUAGGAAGAACAGGUGCUCGUGUCUGGCUCUUCAUUGGCUUCAUGUUGAUGUUUGGCUCACUUAUUGCUUCUAUAUGGAUCCUUUUUGGAGCAUAUGUUACCCAAAAUAUUAAUGUAUACCCGGGAUUAGCUGUGUUUUUUCAAAAUGCUUUGAUAUUUUUUAGUACCCUUAUCUACAAAUUUGGAAGAACAGAAGAAUUGUGGGCGUAAGAAUCCAUUUUUCUUCAUCCUGCAUAGCAAGUCUUUUAUGUAAAUAAUAUAAUUUACAUUUGGAUAUAUUCUGUUUUGCCCAGCUCAUUGUAUUAUACAUUUGGUAUGUUUAUUUUUUGGAAAGUGAACUGAUUUUAGUAUUCUGUUCCAAAUUUUUAGUAUAACAAAUUUGUCCAUAUGUAUAUAUUACGGUUAUCUGUAAUCUAUGACCCCAAUCCUUCCAUUUUUAUUGCAGUUGGCAGGGUUUUUUUCUGAUGAAAUAUAGGGAAUGUUAUAAAUCUAUAGAUUUUUCAAGAUCACCUUCGGCUCUUAAGCACAAAUAAGCCUAGUACCUUCUCAGAUGGCAUCAGCCAAGAGGCAAAGAUUCAGCAAAAGACUGAAGUUUAUCUCAAAUAGUAUCUGCAAGGUUCCACCAUUAUAUGGUAAUGCAUGACUACACCUCUUCAAGCUUCAAGCUUUUUUUUUAAAUUGUUGUGUAAAAGAGUACUGUAUUCCAGAACUUCAUUUAACACUAAUUUCACAAAUUCUGUGAAUAGCCUAUGCUACUGCAAAUGCACUAAGAGCUUCAUUUUUUAGCACAGCAUGCCUUAAAAUGGGAUGUUCCCAAAAAGUGCUGAUAGAUUUGAUGUUGUAACAAAAGUCUAUAUGAAAUUUUACACUAUUUAGGCAUUUUGUUAAAGAUUUUUUAUAAUAUCACUUAAGAUUCUGUUCAUAUAUUAUUUAUACAUACAGAGAUUGCAAUUAUUUUAAUGCAGAAUUGUUGCAUAUUUUAUAUGCUUAUGCAAUAUGCAGAGUAAGGGAAAUUUUAUGUUCAGAAAAAUUUAGGAGCUCCUAUUCUAUUGUUUACUUUGUUAGGAAAAUGUCUGUGUAUCUUUAGAUGUGAUCGUCUAGAUUCCAAACAAAAAGGAUCGUUGGAGAGAGUAUAUAUUUUUAUUACAACAUAUGGCAAGACUAUCAUCUUAAAUGUUUUCAGAAAUUUUAGAUAUUUAAUUUAUAUAAAUGAACAUGUAUGCAGUUCAGUGACAUAUUAACUUAGGCUAACUGUAUACUGAAAAUUAUGGCAUGCUAUAUAAUUUAAAUGUUCUGUUAAAUUAUGAAUACUCAAGUUGCUCUACAGUCUGACUAUAGAAGGUCCUGCUGAAGCAGAUAUUCCAGGUUUUCUACCUUGCAUGCUUUUGACUUUUCCCACAGCUAGAAAGUAAAACUGGCCAGGUAGUUAUCUCUUGAAGCCUUUCUUAGCCCUCUCAAAGGACAGACUAUGACGCAAACUUAACAUGCUAAGAGUUGUCCUGUUCCUUCUUUCUUGGUACCAGACUCUCACCACAUUACAAAGAUUAAACUAUUUUGUUCAUUGUAAUUAUAUUAAAGUCAAAUAAUCAGCAAUAUAAAAAUCUUGCUUUAUUUUACAUAUAAGAAUAAGGUGAUUUCUUGAAAAGAUCACACAGCAGUGCUUCUUUAUCUCAGCUAUACAUUAUCAAAAGGUAUAGCAUACUUGCAAUGGGAAUGGAGUUUCCAACAUGCUGUCCAUGGAUUUCUCUUUGGUGAUUGUCAGACUCUGCCUGAUAUUUUUAUUUAUUUAUUUUGAGGGGGGGGGAAAUCUUGAAAGUCUAGCAUACCCUAUAGCACCCAUCUUUUUUUCCCAAUUAGCUAUGGACUUAGAAGAUAAAAUGGAAGAAAAAAUGGGAUGAUAAAAGAGGUGCUGUGCAAAAUGAGUAGGCACAACGCACCUCGCCCUGAAGCAUUAAAGCAGCCAUAUCCUUUGCAAGGCUUAUGCAACUGCUUAAAAAGCUAUCUCUCUGUUCACACACACAUCCAUGCACAGUCAAAUCACUCUGCUGGCAGUGGCAGCGCUGUCUGUGCAUGCACAGAGAACCAGGAACAAUUUCAAAACAGCAUGCAAGUCUUGUAAAGGAUGUGCUGCAUAAGGAUUUAGUAGAGGGGUGCUUUUGAGCUAAUGCUUUGUAAAGCACCUGUUUCAAAGGUUUGCGCAGCCCUAAUAGGAUAUCACGAAGGACUAAAGCUUAUGAGAGAAGCAAGGUGUGUGUGUGUGUGUGUGUGUGUUACAGUGUGCUAUGUUUGAUGGGCACAUCAUGGUAUUGCCAAUACUAUGGUACCCAAAGAUAUUUGAAGUAUUGCCUAUGGCUUUGGUAAACAAUUCAUUCUAGCAUCUGGCAACAAGUAAGGAAAAAGAAACAUGUUACUGCUUUCUUACAGAUUAGCAUCCUCCACCAAUGAGAGGAUGGGUCACUGUCAAUUAUUGGCUGGCUUCACAUAUCACACUAAACCAUAAUGUAGUUUAGUUUUGGCUUAACACAGAGGUCCCCAGUUUUGGGAGACCAAACACUGGAUACAUUUGGAAUAUUCUUCAGUCUUAAAAGGUAACGUGGGAAACCUAGAAGUUUUAAUUCACAUCAGUCAGCCAGUUUUAAUACAUCUUCAGGUUCUGCAUCUCUAAUUUUAUGGUUUAUAUUAAAGACAUACAUGCAUUACCAGGAAGAAAACAAUGACAUUCUUCCAGUGUUUUAAAGAAAUUUAAGCAAUUUUAAUCUUAAACAAGAUUGCAUCUUGCAAAAAGUACAAUUAAUAUUAGGCCAGGUGCCCGAAUUAAAAUUGGAUUCUCAUUACAACCAAAUAGCAGCACAUAGUCAGUACCUUUUCACAGGUUUAUACAAUGCAAGUUGCUUCCUGAUAGAAAUUGAUGUUAUAAACAAUAUAUAUACAUCACAAAUUCAGUACAAAAAUAGUAUAAAAAAAUGCUCAAGAACUGAACGUUUCUUCUAAAAGCACAUGCAACUGUCAUGAAAACUACAAAGUGAAGGAUCAUUUAAAUUCCAUAGUGGGUACCAUAGCAAGGUUCUGUUGAACACCUCAGAUCUUGCUAUAAUGAAGGAAGGAAAGCAGAGGAAGGGGCAAUAUGUAGUGAUCUCUGGAAGAGAGAAAUACAGGAAUUCACCCUGCUGCAAUUCUAUGUAACCUCAGCACUUAAACAGUUGUCUGGAAUUCUAUAUACGGUAUUGUUUAAAUAAGCUUACCAGCAAGAAGAGCAUGGAUAGCAUACACCUGGAGGCUGAGAACAUCUUCAAGAGCUAGUCCAACUGAAUUUAAAAAAAAA